AUGCCCACCUACGCUUGGCGUUCUCUUCCAAAAGAGCUUCACAUCAAAAUUGCCGAGGAGUUGGAUAUUCGCUCAUUGAUUAAAUUAAGCCGCGUGGCUCGCUAUGAGCACGAUCUGAUGGAUCACGUCUCAAUGGACGCGACGUUUCUGUCCGUCACCGAGUACUUUCCGUCGGAGGAGGAGGAGAUUCGCGGCAUUCAAUUUCACUACGCGCGACGAAACGAGAGCACCGAGUGGUUCGUGAAAUUCCGCGACGUCGACGGCGGCACGCUGGAGACGCGACAAUCGGGAUUCUAUGAGACCGAGGAGUUCUAUCAGAAGUUUCACGCCGACGCCGAGUUUCACGUUGUCGCCAUGGAUUAUAUGAGGAAGAUUCUCAAACAAAUGCGCUACACGGUUGACACGUUCAGCUCGAGAGGGGUCGAAUGGAGCAAAGUGCCAACGGUGCCGGUGCAAAUUCUCGCCAACAAAUUGACGAUUCGAUGCGAGGACGGCGACGAGGCGAUGGCGCUGAUCGGCCGAUUCUUGCCGCGCCUCAAAACGCUUCAAAUCGACGCCGAGGACAACUCGCAGCCGCUGGUGCCGCGUCGCAUGUUCGACCUCGAGACGGUGAUUCGCACCAGCGAGCAAUUGUACUGCACCUACACCGACGUGACGGCCGUCCAGUUGCAGAAAUUGAACGUCAAACAUUUUGCGAUUCGCGCCGUCACCAUGGACUGCGACGAGAUGAAUCAGUUCAUCAAGAUGUGGACUGACGGGUUGCUGUCGGAGCGCAUCAUGCACUGUGUGUUCCGCGAAUUCCGCAACAUCGAUCAGCGGGUGAUGUUGAAGGACGUCGCCGAGUCCGCGACGUUCGACGGCUUCCGCAAACCGGAGCACGAGAUGCGCGCCGAGUUCAAUCGAUUCUUCGAGCAUCCGCCGCCGGCGAGCAACGUGCACCAAAUUCGCCAAAAGGACAACAUGCGCACGUGCAUCAUGGCGGUCAUCAACACCGACGUCCAUUUUCGAUUCUCGAAGGACAACUCGAACAUGACGCGAUUCUGA